AUGCGCUUUGCCUUCGUUUUAGUUUUUGCUCUCAUCAGCGGCCCAAUCGUUGCUAGAUGCGCCGCAGCGGAUACUACCGGCACAACGGGUACUACCGGCAGCACAACGGGUACUACUGGCAGCACAACAGGUACUACAGGCAGCACAACGGGUACUACCGGUAGCUCAACAGGCAGCACAACAGGUACUACCGGUAGCUCAACAGGCAGCACAACGGGUACUACCGGUAGCUCAACAGGCAGCACAACGGGUACUACCGGCAGCUCCACGGGUACUACUGGAAGCUCAACAUCUACGUCGUCAGGCACCCCGGCAGCAAGUUCGUCCACCAGUCCAUCAACAACCUCUUCGACUAGUCCUUCCAGCAGCCCAUCAUCGACUACUUCCACAACUACUCCUUCCGACAGCAGCUCCAGCACCACUACCGAUUCGGAGGAAGCCGAAAGACUUCGCGAAAGAAUUAGGCGCUUGAGAGCCGAACGUCGCCGAUUGAGAAAUGAGCUUCGUAGAUCAAGAGCUCGUACAGCCGCGAUCCGAAGAAGGCGCAACGCUGCAGUUAAUAGGCGUCUACGCCAACGCGCAAACAGGAUCAAUCGCCGUGGUUGAAGUAUCCAGUGAAGAGUCUCAAUUUAGAUAAUUUCAAAUUAAUAAAAUAUAAAU